CGCGGGACUCGGAGCAGCCGGGAGCGCGGCGUCCGCCUUCGGGGCUCUGCGGCCGGCGUGGAGACCCGGGCCUGCCACGCCAGGCCCGGCGCCUGGACGGGGGAGUUGCUGCACUUUGGCGUAAAUUGCAAUCGAUUAGGGAUCGUUUCUCAAACUCGAGUUAGAAGUGAGAGUUCAGAUAAGUGAGGCCACCAUUGCUGCUUUGAACACCUCAGAAGGGGAGAAUGGAUUUAUCAGGAGUGAAAAAGAAGAGCUUGCUAGGAGUCAAAGAAAAUAAUAAAAAGUCCAGCACUAGGGCUCCUUCUCCUACCAAACGCAAAGACCGCUCUGAUGAGAAGUCCAAGGAUCGUGCGAAAGAUAAAGGGGCCGCCAAGGAGUCCAGCGAGAAGGACCGCGGCCGGGAGAAGACUCGGAAGAGGCGCAGCGCGUCCAGUGGGAGCAGCAGCACCAGGUCCCGGUCCAGCUCUACCUCCAGCUCGGGCUCCAGCACCAGCACGGGCUCCAGUAGCGGUUCAAGCUCUUCUUCCGCGUCGAGCCGCUCAGGAAGUUCCAGCACAUCCCGCAGCUCCAGCUCCAGCAGCUCCUCUGGCUCGCCGAGCCCUUCUCGGCGCAGGCACGACAACAGGAGGCGUUCCCGCUCCAAAUCCAAACCACCCAAGAGAGAUGAGAAGGAAAGGAAAAGGCGGAGUCCUUCCCCUAAGCCCACCAAAGUGCACAUCGGGAGGCUCACCAGGAAUGUGACCAAGGACCACAUCAUGGAAAUAUUCUCCACCUAUGGGAAAAUUAAAAUGAUCGACAUGCCUGUAGAAAGGAUGCACCCCCACCUGUCGAAAGGCUACGCGUACGUGGAGUUCGAGAACCCCGAUGAAGCCGAGAAGGCACUGAAGCACAUGGAUGGAGGACAAAUAGAUGGCCAGGAGAUCACUGCCACCGCUGUGCUGGCCCCCUGGCCUAGGCCACCCCCCCGGCGAUUCAGCCCUCCUAGGAGAAUGCUGCCACCACCUCCCAUGUGGCGUCGGUCACCCCCACGGAUGAGAAGAAGGUCCCGCUCCCCGAGGCGCAGGUCCCCAGUGCGCCGGCGAUCUCGCUCCCCCGGCCGCCGCCGCCACAGGAGCCGCUCCAGCUCCAACUCUUCCCGAUAAGCAGGGCUCCCGGAGCUCUGCGCCCUGUGACUUCGAUCCCAUCCACUUGUUUUGUCCCUUCUCUAGCCAGAGGAGGGUUGGUAGGAAAGAAAUUCCUCACUCAGGGCAGGCUUCGAAGGCAGCAGCUGAGACGUCUCCUCUGACGCAGACUCCCAGGGGAGUGUUGGCGGUUCGGGUCGUGCCUGUAAGAAUGCCCUCCAGUUUCUGGCUAGGAAGCUCCCCCGUUUCCAAUUCCUAAGAGAGUCCCUCUGGUGGCCAAGCCAGCAGGGACAAAGCAGGGCUGCAGGUGGUAGGGUGGCUCCAGCCUGGACAUGGGGCACCUGUUUCAUUUCCACAAAUGCCUGGAGGCUGGGCUGGGGGCCUGGUCCUGCCCUCGCGUGGUGGUCUGCAGGCUUGCUCGGGACAGGCCGCACUUGGGUGCAGCUGCUGCUCCUGCUCCCCUGCUCAGGUCCUCGUCCGACACCUAGGGUCCACCAGCCCAUGUUAGUUCCCGGAGAUGCUUCUGUGUCCACGUGUACUCACACGCACACCGCCACACCCCUUCAUCUCUCUCUGUCAUCACAGACCCUCCCCCUGCCGCAGCUCUUAACGGUGGUCUUGCGGGUUACGUUGGCAACAUGUACAUUACCUUUUUUGGCUUUUAUUGUACAGUCAGUACUAUAAAUUUGUUGUUUCGAGUUUUGUAACUUGUAGCAUUUUAGGCGCUGUUGUGUUUGUACUUUGUUGUGUAGAGUGAAGGGAUUGUGUUGAAUAAACAGGAUUAGAGUACAGA